AGGUCUUGACAGUGAACGGUGAUUUUGCAAUAUCCACCCAGCGCACACGACCAAACUACACACAAAAUGGCCGACGGAAUAGACAGAAAUGCCGACGAUAAGAUGGAGUUCUCCACCUCCAAGGAGGUCACGGUAGCGCCGACGUUUGAGGCGAUGCACCUGAAGGAGAACCUGCUGCGCGGCAUCUACGCCUACGGAUACGAGUCGCCUUCAGCAGUGCAGUCACGUGCUAUUGUACAGGUCUGCAAAGGUCGCGAUACCAUUGCACAGGCGCAGUCGGGAACGGGAAAGACGGCAACUUUCUCCAUUUCCAUCCUCCAGGUUAUCGAUACAGCAGUGCGCGAGACACAGGCACUUGUUCUUUCGCCUACCCGCGAACUUGCAACCCAAAUCCAGUCGGUCAUCAUGGGUCUCGGCGACUAUAUGAACGUACAGUGCCACGCCUGCAUUGGAGGAACAAACGUGGGCGAGGAUAUCCGCAAACUCGACUAUGGUCAGCACGUCGUCUCUGGAACACCAGGACGUGUUGCUGACAUGAUUCGCCGCCGCAACCUCCGCACACGCAACAUCAAGAUGCUCGUUCUCGACGAAGCCGAUGAGCUCCUCAACCGAGGAUUUCGCGAACAAAUCUACGACGUUUACCGCUACCUGCCACCCGCCACACAAGUCGUUGUAGUCUCCGCCACACUCCCAUACGAUGUGCUUGAGAUGACGACCAAGUUCAUGACGGAUCCUGUGCGCAUUCUCGUUAAGCGCGACGAACUGACGCUCGAGGGUCUCAAACAGUACUUCAUCGCCAUUGAAAAGGAGGAGUGGAAGUUUGACACUCUCUGCGAUCUUUACGACACACUUACCAUUACACAGGCCGUCAUCUUCUGCAACACCCGACGCAAGGUGGACUGGCUGACCGACAAGAUGCGCGAGGCCAACUUUACUGUAUCCUCAAUGCACGGAGAUAUGCCUCAGAGGGAGCGAGACAGCAUUAUGCAAGACUUCCGCCAGGCUAACUCGCGCGUGCUGAUCUCGACCGAUGUGUGGGCUCGUGGUAUAGACGUUCAACAAGUAUCGCUGGUCAUCAACUAUGAUCUUCCGUCGAACCGCGAGAACUACAUUCACAGGAUUGGUCGAAGCGGUCGAUUCGGACGCAAGGGUGUGGCCAUCAACUUUGUCACCCAGGACGACGUGCGCAUUCUCCGCGACAUUGAGCUCUACUACUCUACUCAGAUCGAUGAGAUGCCCAUGAACGUUGCCGAUCUCCUGGCGUAGAGGCACAUAGGAAGCUGUUUUGCACAAUAUCUGUCCAGAAUGUUGGGUAUAUCCAAAUGCUAGCAUCGGCCUAUUGAGGGCAUGCACGGGCGGCGCUGAAGUACAGCGCUCGUUUCGAGGGAAUGUAUGUGGAGGAAGGGGCUACAUAGCCAAGCAAACUAAAUUGGAACAUAUACCCAUUGACGUACUCAAUUUUCAACGAUCUCAAUGAACAAUUCCCGCCCCUGUUGGCGACUCACC